AACUAGCCUAUUAAACCAAAAAAUCGCUAAACCUUAUCUGUCAAAAAUGCCAAAAAGACAAGUACGAAUGGCCAAGUGAAGUGCCGCCAUAACAGUAACAGUAUUAUUAUUAUUUAAUUCAAUACAAUAGGCCAAGCCAAGAUAAGCAUUAUCAGUAAGUUUUAUUCAUUAUGUAAUAGGUACGUUUAUGUAUCAUUAUUCUUGUCUUCUUGUUUUGACCCCGAACACCCGAUAUGGCUACAUCAGCAACAUCAUCUGAACUGCCAAGCUUAGAUAAACUAAUUACAAGUAGAUUAACCGGUAAUGAGUUAGAAGAAUACAACAGGAUACAAUAUGGAAAAAACAAGUACGAUGAACUUUCUAUUGCUAAAGCAAAUUUAGAACUGGCAGAAAAACAUAAUUUUGAAAUUGCUGCUUAUAAUUUUCCCACAAAGAAUGAAGAACUUAGGAGUGCACGCAUUGUGAAAAUUGGUGUCAUCCAACACUCUAUCACGACAGCAACUGAUAAACCUAUUGUUGAACAAAGACAAGGUAUUUUCAGCAAGAUGAUAAAUAUUAUUGAAGCUGCUGCUAAUGAAAAUGUCAAUAUUUUAUGUUUGCAAGAAGCUUGGAGUAUGCCAUUUGCAUUUUGUACAAGGGAAAAAUAUCCAUGGUGUGAGUUUGCAGAAUCUGCUAUUGAAGGGCCAAGCACAAUGUUUCUUAAAGAACUAGCUGCGAGAUUUGGAAUGGUUAUUAUAUCACCUAUCCUGGAAAGAGAUGAAGUCCAUGGUGACACUAUUUGGAAUACAGCUGUGGUGAUAAAUGAGUCUGGAAAGGUUAUUGGUAAGCAUAGAAAAAACCAUAUACCACGGGUAGGGGAUUUCAAUGAGUCAACCUAUUAUUUUGAAGGUAACACAGGGCAUCCUGUCUUUGAGACAAAAUUUGGUAAAAUUGCUAUUAAUAUAUGCUAUGGACGUCAUCAUCCACUAAACUGGCUUAUGUUUGGCAUCAACGGUGCCGAGAUAGUCUUCAAUCCAUCUGCAACAGUGUCUGGUUUGAGUGAACAUUUGUGGCCAAUUGAAGCUAGAAAUGCAGCAAUUGCUAACAGUUAUUACACAUGUGCUAUUAAUAGAGUUGGCACAGAAAAGUUUCCUAAUGAAUUCACAUCUGGAGAUGGAAAGCUAGCUCAUAACGAAUUUGGUCAUUUCUAUGGUUCAAGUUAUAUAACUGCUCCAGAUGGUGUUAGAACUCCAGGAUUAUCAAGAGUGAAAGAUGGUUUACUAAUUGGGAAAGUUGAUUUAAACUUAUGCCGUCAAGUUAAAGAUAAAUGGGGUUUUACCAUGACCCAAAGACUUAAUUUGUAUGCAGAAAGUCUUAGUAAUGCUGUGAAAAAUGAUUAUGAACCACAAAUUAUUCACAGCAAUUAAAUUUGAUAAACAUAUCAGCAUAUUUUAUGUUAGAUAUUCAAAUGUUUAUUUGUCAAAGUUGAUUCAAUAUUAAAAUAAAUAUAUUUUGCAC